AGGGAGAGAAGGGUCCUGGGAAGCCCCCAGCAAGGCCACCCUGAGACCCCUUAUGCCCUCUUCAUCCUCUCAACACGCAGCCUACCUCAUACAAGCCUGACUGAUUUUUGCUCUACACAGCAGCAAGAUGUCAGGGGUAGAGGAAGCUUUCCGCAAAUUUGCAGUAUACGGUGACACAUCUGCCAGUGGCAAUGAAAUGACGGGGAAAAACUUCUCCAAGAUGUGCAAAGAGUGUGGGGUGAUGGAUGGGAAAGCUGUGACCAGCACUGAUGUUGACAUCGUAUUCAACAAAGUCAAGACCAAGGGUGCCCGCACCAUCACCUUUGCUGAGUUCCAGCAGGCUAUGAAGGAGCUCUGCAGCAAGCGCUUCAAAGGCAAAUCACCUGAGGAAGCGCUGCAGGCUGUGUAUGGCCUCAUCGAGGGGAAGGAGCCUGGCAGCGCGGGCACCACAAAAGCCACCAAGGUUGGUGGGGUUGAUAGGCUGACAGACACUAGUAAAUACACUGGCAGCCACAAAGAGCGUUUCGAUGCAAGCGGCAAAGGGAAAGGUCUUGCUGGCCGCCAGGAUCUGACAGACAACAGCGGCUACGUUGGAGCCUACAAGGGAGCUGGCACAUAUGACCAGACGCACUAGGAGUAAAACUGCUUAAGGAAACAAGGACUUUUCCCCUAUAACAUAG